CUUAUACUUUUACUCAAGAAUUCAAAAACAACCCUACAACAAGUCUUGAAUAUAAUAGCACGUCGGAAAGAAGUUCUACAGAGGAAGGAAGCACGAAAGGCUUUGCGCUUGAGACCGAUUUUUCUUCUAAUGCACUGAGUAACAAGGAAGAACAAACGGCAGGGCUGAAUCUUUCUGAGAAUACGUCGACAGAGCAGGAUUGGUCUAAAUCAUUCUUUGGCUUAUCCGUGAAACCUUUUUCAAAAGAGGUGACCGAAAUUCUUUUGGCGCCAGUUGCUCCAGAAGAUAUUGAAAUCAAACCCGACGGGAUUAUUUAUUUGCCGGAAAUAAAAUAUCGCCGUAUAUUGAAUAGAGCAUUCGGACCAGGGGUUGCUCGGGGCGAGCAAGAUUAUUUUGAUUCCUCUGGUUUAGCUACCGCUACAGAAGGUGCUAAAAGUAAUGCAUUGAUGAGAUGUUGUAAAGAUUUAGGAAUAGCUUCUGAACUUUGGGAUCCGACUUUCAUUCGUGAUUUCAAGAAACGUUACUGUGAGGAUGUUUUAGCUGAGCAUGUAAUUACUAAAGUAAAGAAAAGAUUGUGGAGGAAAAAAGGAACUAGUCUUGAUUAUCCGUAUAAA